AUGGACCUGCUGCCUGACGUAUGGAGGCAGGACUACUGGCUUCCUCCAGGUGUGACCUGGAGGGACGUGGAACAGCUGGCAGACUCUGACCGACCACGACCCCAGGACCUCCUCAUAACUUUGCCCCUCGCGCUGGGCUUUGUUGCCCUACGCUACGUGUUUGAGAGGUUUUUUGCCCCACCCAUGGGCAGAUGUUUGGGGGUGAAGAAUAGAUUACAAGUGAGUGCUGCCCCCUCCCCGAAGCUGGAGUCGUUUUACACCCAGAGGAGCAGACAACCCACACAGAAUGAAAUAGUCAGUUUGAUGUCGCUGUGUGGCAAAACCCAGAGACAGAUUGAGACCUGGUUCAGACUUCGCAGGAACCAAGACAGGCCUUCUCAAACCAAGAAGUUUGCUGAAGCUGCUUGGAGGUUCUUUUUCUACCUCACAGCCUUCAUGGCUGGACUGGCGUGUUUGAUUAAUAGACCCUGGUUCUGGGACCGAAGGGAAUGUUGGAGCCAAUAUCCAGUUCAGCCCAUGGAGAGAGCUCAUUACUGGUACUACAUGCUUGAGCUGGGGUUUUAUGGCUCUUUGCUCCUUCGGAUUUCUGUGGACAUUAAGAGGAAGGAUUUUAAAGAACAGGUGAUCCACCAUUUGGCCACCAUCUUCCUGCUCAGUUUCUCCUACUGUGCCAACUACAUUCGCAUCGGCACCUUGGUCAUGCUGCUCCAUGACUCCUCUGACAUCCUGCUCGAGUCUGCCAAGAUGUUCAACUACGGCACUGGCUGGAGGAAAACUUGUGACACGCUGUUUGUUUUGUUUGCUGUUGCCUUCCUUGUGACUCGACUGCUGAUUUUCCCCAGCAAAAUUAUCCAUACCACCCUGGUGCUGUCCAUGGAGGCGUUUGAACCUUUUGUCGGCUACUACUUUUUCAACAUCCUGCUGAUGGUGCUGCAGGCUCUUCACAUCUUCUGGGCUGGCUUAAUCAUACGCAUGAUUUAUAAGUUCCUGAAAGGCAAGCUGGAAAAAGAUGAGCGCAGUGAUGAAGACAGCGAGGUCGAGGAGGAAGAGGACGAUAAAGGAGCAGAGGAAAAUGCGUAUCAAGGAGGAGAUUAUAGUUGGGAGAGAAGUAAAGACAAGCUGAACUCCAAACUGACUAUGCUGACCAACAGUUGUGUCCUAAAUAAUCUGACCAACCACAGGGCAUCUGUAGCCGACAGGAUGCGUAAAGCUCAGUAA